GGGGCAUAGAUAAACUAGUUCUAGUCAGAUUAGUUUGUCUAUGUCUGUAGGGUAGUCUGAUAUUUGACUGAAAAAUGUUGCGAUAUAUUAUAAAAUUGAUUCCAGCGACUCUUAAAUUUCAAUACAUUCGUAAUUAUGGAGCUGAAUCUAAAAAAAUUACAAAAGCAUUUCUGAGGUAUUCAUCUAUUUCCUUCAAAAACAAGAAUAAGUCAUAUUAUGAAAGCCCACCAGCAUUCUUUGGAAUAUGGGGUAUAAAUAUUUUAACUUGGCUUGGAUUUACUUCCGGAGAUGAAGAGAAAGAAUCUGAGUUGAUUAAGAUAUUGAAGAGAGCAGUUCUCUGCAUGAAGAAGGAACAGUAUAAUGCCGCCGAGCAACUAUUACAUCUUGCAUUAAAAAUUGCACAGGAGCAGCAAAAUGAACAAGGAAUUAUCUAUUGUUUCGAUUUAAUGGCUAACUUGGCGCUUGAACAACUAAUUUUUGAUAAGGCAGAAAAGCUAUUUGUGGCAGUGCUGCAAAUUUUACUUAGUAAAGGAGUACAACAAAAUGAUUUAAAAGUAAUACAUAUAAGUCUAAAAUUAGCUAGAAUAGCUCAGUUGAAAGCUGAAAUGGAAAAAGCUGAAUUAGGCUAUCAGUGGUGUCUUGAAAAAAUUAAAGAACAGAAAAUAGACAAUCUUGAUGCUCAAGUACUUUCUGGGGUUAUACAAGACUGGUAUGCUCAGUUUCUUCUUGAUAAAGGGGAUACUGAAAAAGCUUUAACUUUUCUAAAAGGAGCAUAUGAAGUAUGUGAAGAAACAAUGGGUUCACAUAAUGAAAAAUCAAUGCUUCUCUUAAAUGAUUUAGGUAUAACAAGUUUCAGAGCUGGGGAUAUGGUAAAUGCUGAAAAUUAUUUGAAUAAGGGUAUAAAGAUUGGUCAUAAAGUUGAUGAUCAAACGCAUGUAGGAGUAUUACAUGCAAAUCUAGGACUUGUGUUAUUACAUCAAGGUAUCAUCAAACAAGCAGAGAAGUAUUGUGUGGAAGCUUUAAAACUAGGUACAAAAAAUAAAAAUGACGAGACCAUAGGACAAGCAAACUACUGUUUUGAGCAAAUAAAAUUAAUCUUGGAAAACAAAUAAAAAUUUAAUAUAGAUUUUA